UCGAAAAGGGGCGAGGACAAAAUGUAGUCUGAAAGAUUUGUUUUCUUGUCAACGAAAGUCAUUUUUUAUGUAAAUCUUGAACGAAAGUACUGAGUAAUCGAGUACAAACUCAUCAAAUACUUAUUUCUCAGAAGAAAUCGUCCGUUUCCACCAUGGGGAAGCCUACAAAACGUCUUAAUAAGCGAACACAGAGACCCGUCAGGGGCGAAGGCACAUCAGCGGUCGGUGGCAGGAACGUCAGCGGGGCAGGGCAGGCGAAGGUUCGAAGAAGUAUUGCGGACAAUAAGUUCCUGAGGGCUGUGGCUAUUUUGUUUUUACCGGUACUGCUUGGUGUCUUCGGGCUCAUAAUGUAUCCUCCAUCUUUUGAUUUGUCAACAAAUAAUGUAACUAACACAACAAAAAUAAACAAAUCUGCAUCAAAGGAAUCAAUAAUACACGGUCAUGGAGACAAGCGCAGAAAUGACAGAAGUACCAAAGACAAAGAAAAACAGAGACCAUCGCAAACGACGAACAAUAAAGCAAAGACAUCAGAAAUGGAGGAUUUUAAGCCAACUAUAUUGGAUUCACUUGCAAUACAGGAGAUAAUAGUGGAUGAAAACAUUGUCAGUCCAGUUGAACUCACGAAAGAUCACCCAUCAUCUCCAGUGAAGAUUUACAUGUUCGAGGGCCUUUUGACAGAGAGAGAGUGCGCUGGCCUUAGGAGGGUUCACCAGCGUCAUCUCACAGAGACAAAUGCCCAGCAUCCAAUUAUUUGCUUUGACAGCCUGAGUACGUUUAGAAGACACCUCCGGGAUGCCGGGAUAAAGGAUGUUAGUGUGUCAACCAGUGACUUCACACAAGGAACGACAUGCAUUAAUUCCAGUUUCUCUGAGGAGCUUGGGUCAUCCCUUACAUGGUCUCACAGUACAUCCUUCUACCCGGCAGAGAGUAAAUUCUCAACCAUCUUUGAGGACAGGGUCUUUAAAGCAACAGGGCUCAAACAAUCCAACGGCGGCAAAUUCCAAAUCACUUCCUACCUGGAAGGAAUAGGAUACAAGACCCACACGGACUGCACCCUCGGCAACCAUGACAAACGAGACAGGUAUGCUACCAUCCUGGUCUAUCUACAGGAUGUGGAAGAGGGAGGAGAGACAAAGUUCCCAGAGUUGGGAAUCAGCGUGACGCCAAGGAAAGGUCGGGCAAUCGUUUGGAACAACAUGAACGGUGGUGGAGAAUGCGAACCCAUCUCUAUACAUGAAGCAGCGCAGGUCAAGACAGGUCAUAAGUUCAUUAUUCAAAGAUGGUAUUACUACAAGAGCUUCUCUUACCUGGGUAAGAGGGCGCCUGAGCCAGACCUGCCAGCCAGAGCAUCGGACCAGCCAAGGGUGAGCUGUGACGAGUACGAGCAUGGGAGCUGCAGAUGGUACGAUGAAUGGAAUAAUGAUCAUCUCACAGAGUACAGAGCCUUGCAAUCAGGCUUAUCGUGAUGGAGUUAGAGUUUAGGUCCUCAAGAAAGGGUGGAGAACAAAAAUGAAUGGUGAUAUAUUACUUUACCUGACCUUCUAGAAAGCAAUGAUAUAUUUAUGGUCAGCCUCUGCAUAGUAGCUGCCUUUGGUGUGACAUAUGGAACAAUUACCAGCUGUCAGAAUACAGAGCCUGCAGAGGGUUUGUUGUGAUGUGUUUAAGAAUGCAGAAGAGAUGAAGGUACAGUUUGGAGAUGUUUCAUUUUAGUUGACGUCCCAGAAAUAAAUGAUAUCGUCUGUUCAGAGCCAGAAUGGCAUUUUUGUGUGAAAGUUUUUUGAGUUAAUGCCAUUUGAGCUCCAGCCUCCAACCACCAAUAAAGUUAUGGUUAGCUUUCACAUGGUAGUUGCCUUUGGUGUGACAAAUAGAACAAUGACCCCUUGAUGGAGUCAAGAGCCUUGCAGUUGAGCUUGUUGUAAGGGUGUUAAGAAUUUAGUUGCUAAAGAUGAGGAAAAGAAAAUGUAGGAAUGCACUGCUAUUGUUACUGGGCAUUGUUUCACGAAACGGUUGCGAGUCUAAAUUGACCGACAUCAUAUUGAAACACAUGUAUUGUCAUAAAGAUGCGUGUCAAAGGGAUAUCGGAGAGUUCGUUCUUAUUACAGCUUCGUGAAACCGGUGCCUCAGUGACCUACGAGUGUAGGGCCCUGUAGCAUUAAGAGUUGCCACCGACUCUAUCCUCCCCCCCCCCCCCCAAUUCAACAUGUUAUUUGCAAUGGAUCAAAAGCUGUGACUGUUUAUUGUUAUGCAUAUUAUGGUUCCUGUACACUGUAUGUUUUACAUAGACUGUGGUAGUUCUGUGCUUGUUUAUAAUAGGGACUUUUAGAUUUGCACGAAGACAACUUGGAUUGCUACUAUCGACGUCCUUUUAAUGCACUGCCUUGAAUGGACGCCACACGUAUCAGUCCACGCAAAUCUAAAAGUCCCUAUUAUUUAGCCAAAGCUGUACAGUUGAUAGUAACAUGAAAUCAAUUUUAUGUUAUACAAAUAUACAGUAUACAGAAGGAGUACUGAAUCAAAAUGAGGCUUUGGAUCAUUAAAACUAUAACAAACAUGUAAAUAAGUCCUGCUGAAUAUUUUCUAUUUUGACAGUCACUAUACUACAGUGUACGCAUGAUAUUUUCAUAUUUUGUUCUGACUUUUGUAUAAAUGACACUACCUUUAUUGGUCUUCAUAUUUUGAUAGUUGAUAUCCCACUUGACAUAAUAAUAUCAUGUUCUCACAGUUUUUUAUUGUUCUAUAAUAUCAUCAAUUGAACAACUGAAUUAUGCAAAUAUGGAAGUAAGAAAUACAUGUACAGUACACUGUAUGAUCAUGAUGUUGUUCAUAAAUACCACAGUGCAAACUUAAUGAUAAAUGUAUAAUGCUACGAAGCACCCUUCUAGCAGGUGGUCCGACGUUUGCUCCAGGCUUUAUUCCCUGAAAGCAAACUUUUAGGGUAUGGUUUUAAUUGGGUCUUGGCCUUUUGAGAGAGGUAAAAUGGUUAGUGUAAGCUAUAAUGUUUUAUAGUCCAGGGUUGAAUUUAGGAUUUCAGUUGGUACGUGUAGGAUCUUGACUGUGAAAAAAUUAUCCCGAAAUCUGCCAGCCUUCUGUAAACAAGGUAUAAGACUGCAUGAAGAUAGUACACAGUUUAACAGGAGUGUGGAGGGGGGAGGGGGGGGGGGGGGGUGCCCUCAGUAAGUUAUAUGUCUUUAGAUAACCCUCCAAGUUGAAUAGAAUACAUUCCUAACAAAGUGAUGGGAGCUUGUGUUGGCCUCUUGGCAAAGGCUCUGCAGUAAUGCAGGUGACUGUACAAGUAUAUUUUUCUCAUCCAAUGCUGUAACUCUGUAAUGAAUCUAUUUUUUAUAAAUUUUGUCUCCAAUUAUUGUGCAAUAAAUGAUGAUUUUUAACAGAUAA